AUGGCGAUUUCUUUCUCAGUCACACGGUACGCUUCUUCCUCAGUUGCCCCCAAAUCCCCCAACCGCUCACUCCAUAAAUUCCUCGAUUUCAACUCCUAUUCUUCAUCGGCGGCCGAAAAUUUCAUGUCCGUCCUCGAGAAAGACGCCCCCCACGUCGAGAAAACCCUCGACGCUCUCACGGCCAAGCUGGAUUCCAAAUGCAUCACACAGGUCCUAGAAAAGUGCGCGGCCAAUAAGCCCCAAUUGGGCAUCAGGUUCUUCAUCUGGGCCGCACUUCACCCCACCCACCGGCACACAUCGUACAUGUACUUCAGUGCCUGCAAAUUGCUCGGCGUUGACCGGAACCCUAAAAUCAUUGCCGACGUCAUAGAUACAUACAGAGCCGAGGGCUCCGUCGUCGGCGUCAAGACUUUCAAAGUGGUUCUGAAUAUGUGUCGGGCCGCCAAUAACCCGGAAUUGGCCCUGCGGGUUUUGAGGAAGAUGAAGGAAUUUAACUGCAGGCCGGACACUGUGUCUUACAACGUGGUGGUCCGGCUCCUGGCCGAGAAUGCUCGGCUAGAUGAAGCUUUGGGGCUGAUGAAGGAAAUGGGGCUGAUCGAUCUCUAUCCUGAUAUGGUGACAUACAUGUCCAUCAUCAAGGGGCUUUGCGACUCGGGGCAGGUGGAGAAAGCUUUGGGAUUGGUCAAGACCAUGAAACUGCACAGGUGUGAACCGAAUGCAGUCGUGUACUCCACCCUUCUUGAUGGGAUAUGUUUGCACGGGAAUCUUGAGCUGGCCCUCGAGUUCUUGACCGGUAUGGAGAGUGAAAAUGGGGAGAGCAAUCCGAAUCUGGUGACCUACACGAUCAUGGUCAAGGGUUUUGUUGAGAAAGGGAGGUCACUUGAGGCUGUGAGGCUUCUGAAUCGGAUGGAGGAUUUCGGAGUCCGGCCAAACAAGGUGACCUUCAUAACUCUUCUUGAUGGGCUCUGCAGGGAAGGGCACGUGAAGGAGGCUUCUGAUGUGGUAGAUAGGUUUAGCUCUAUUGUGGGCCGGGAAGACGAGCUUCGUAGCUGGCUUGUGGUAUCAUUGAUGCGGGCUGGGAAGCAUAAGGAGUCGGAGAAAGUGUUUAGGAUGAUGAUGGCCCGUGGGCUGAGGCCCGGAGGGCAUGCAUCUGGUGCAGUCAUUGAGAAGAUGGUUUCAGAAAGGAGGGUGAUGGAGGGAUUUCUGUUGUUGGACGGGCUUGUGAAAUCAGGAAAUUUGUUGGGUAUUGAUUCUGAUGUUUAUACGUUUCUGCUGGAGGGUCUGUGUCAGGAGAAUCGUUUUGUCGAAGUUGGGAAGCUGGUUAGAGUUAUGAUCCAGAGGAAAAUCCGUGUAAAGUCUGUUCAGGCUGAAGAUAUAAUCGGAAUACUCAAUAAUUGUGGAGAAUAUGAUUUAGCAUCGGAUGUUGCAAGGAUCAGAUGCUGA